GAGUCCCUAGCCGAGCUGGAAACAGUUACUUGGGGUUUGCCGCCGCAUUGAGGGAAAAAGAAAAACCCAAUCAAUCUCAGAAUUCCAGUUUCCCUCUUUCUAGGGUUAGCUUUUCUCGCAAAUCCCCAAUUCCCCAUUUCUCACUGUUUUAAUUUGACAGUCUCUUCAUUUGAUCGGGAAUUGAUGGCGGAGUCGCACGAAUUACUUCAAUCGGUGUUGUUAGGGCUCAUCUUCUCCUACCUGCUCGCGAAGCUAUUCUCAGUGAUAUUCGCCUUCCGCGACGAGAAUCUGAGGAUCACGCGCUCUGAUUCACCCGAGCCUGAAGCUGAAGAUGUAGCCGCAGAUUCCUCGGCUCGGAAUUCGGAUGAGAACGAGCCGUUGAUCGGGAAUGAAAGCGUGGUGACGAGUGAUCACAGUGAUAGUGAUGACGAUUGGGAGGGCGUCGAGAGCACCGAAUUGGAUGAGAUCUUCAGUGCCGCCACUGCGUUUGUUGCGGCCACGGCUGCCGAUAGGGCGGCGAUGAAGGUGUCGAAUGAUGUCCAGCUCCAGCUUUAUAGCUUGUAUAAGAUUGCGACUGAGGGACCGUGCUCAGCUCCCCAGCCUUCUGCGUUGAAAAUGACUGCUCGUGCGAAAUGGCAAGCUUGGCAGAAAUUGGGUGCUAUGCCUCCUGAAGAAGCAAUGGAGAAGUACAUUGACAUUGUUUCAGAGUUAUAUCCCACUUGGGCUUCUGGCCUUGCCAGUCAACAUCAGAAGAAGAAAGAUGAAAGUACCAGAGAUGCAUCCAUGGGAGGUGCUGGAGGACCUAUGGGGCCUGUUUUUAGUACAUUUGUUUAUGAAGAGGAAUCAGGAACUGACUUGAAAUUGGAUGCUAUUCAUGCCUUUGCACGUGAAGGAGAUGAAGGAAAUCUGCUCAAGUGCAUUGAGAAUGAUGUCUCCCUAAAUGUGAAAGACAGUGAGGGCCGUACUCCUUUACACUGGGCUGUAGAUCGAGGCCAUUUGAGCACUACUGAAUUGCUUCUGAACAAGAACGCUGAUGUCAAUGCUAAGGAUGAUGAAGGCCAAACCCCUUUGCAUUAUGCUGCUGUGUGUGAGAGAACUGCCAUUGCGGAGUUACUUGUGAAACAUGGUGCGGACAUAGAAGUGAAAGACGACGAAGGGAAUGCUCCGAGGGAUCUCUGUGAGUCGAGGUGGUCAGGAUUGGAUCUCGUAACUAAAGGGGCCAGUUAAAUUGUCUCAAUCGUGAAGUGUUCCACAUUGUACAGGACUAAGAUCGUAACAUCUCAAGGAUUAAGCAAAAUUUCAGCCUUGAUAGAUUGGUGGUGGUGUCUAAACUUUGUAGUUCCUGACCCCAAUUUGUUCUUUUGCCUAGUUGGGAGUAGGUCGAAUUUUGGGGGCUCAUGUGCACUUCCUCGGAUAGAUUCAAUUGAUGCUAAUCGAAUUCACCCCUUUCUCGUCUC